UCAAAAGUAGGUCAAUAUUUUACUUUUCCAUACGUGUUUUGAAGAAGUGCUCAUAUGUUAUCUAAUUUCUAAAAAAUUUCUAUUUAUUCGCCAAUUUGCCACGAAGGCAUGUAACGAACCGCAUAUUUUCCAACCAUUUUCCGCCACUUCUCAAUAGUCCAAUUGAUAAUUUUCAAACCGCAGGCACUUUCAGAUAACCCAACCUAACAUGGCUUGAUAGUUUCUUUUUAAAAAAUGGCAGAUAAAUUAGGCUUAGGAAAUGAAGUUAGACAGCUCAAACUGGGUCAAAGCUUCACCAAUCCGAAGUCGACAGCCUUUCAUACGGUUCGCUAUGACUUCAAGCCUGCCUCGGUCGAUAAGUCGAACAAAAUCGCCAACGUCGAGGUCGGGCCUAACCAUCAGGUUACCGUCACCGUGCCCCACUUAGAUGGUGCCGGUAUACCGCAGACCGUUUUUAAGGGCCCCCAAAGGCCGUACCAGAAAGAAUGUGUCUUAAUUAUCGAUAGAGUUACGGGUGCAGUUACUUUAGAAAAAUUGUCUAGCAAUAUUCAAGUGAAGAAGACGAGGAGCGAGUCCAUACGACCGCCUCUUCCUCAGGGGGCGGAACGAGGCGGCCAAAAUAGUGAUAAACCGAGUACCUUUAGUGCAAAUCGUCCCCAAACGCCUCCCAUAGCUCAGCGGACGUCCAACAAGACGCGCGUGACGAGCGGCAGUCGACGUCCUGACCGUCCAAUCACACACCUAGUGCCGAAACACUCCCCCCUACACGCUAGCCCGAAUUACCCGUCGCCCGGUCACUACAAGUCUCCCAAACGAGACCUACAUGUAAAUACAGAGCCUCCAAACACGAGCUUAUCGGCGAGCCUACCGAUUAUCGGCGAGGACGACUUCUCGACGCUACCGCCUAGUAAUAAUCCGCCUCAGUUACCGCCGAGCCAGAAGUCUCCCAUAUUCCCGUCGGCCGACUACGAGAACGGCGGCGUCAGCGAGAUGAGCUGCUCGUCGACGUCGGACUCCGACUCGGACUCGGAUCACGAUCGGGUCGCCGUACCGCCGCCGCCCAAGGCGCCCGUCGCGAAGACGAACGGUUACUCGAACGGCGUGCAGAACUCCGGCUCGAGCUCGAAACCGUCGAUGUCGGCCGAUCACUUUUUAAGCGAGGAUUUAAACUUGUCCGAUUCCGGAAGCGACUGAUUGACCCUGAGCAUGGAUACGGAUAUGAGUUCAUGUAUUAUUAUUUUAAGUUGUAUGAUAUCAAAUACACUUAAAGUGUGCGAUUUUAUAAUUA